AAGGUCAUUUAACUGUAGUUUUGUGGAUUCAUCUGCAGUUUAUAACAAUCUUUAUGUAAAGAGGAACUGUCUUUGAUGUGAGUGUGAUGAAUCACCAUGCACAUGAACAUUGCUAAACUUCACGCUGUACACUUCAUAACAUCAGCUCAAAACCAAAAGAAGCAAACAUUGGAAGGCCAAUAUAUUAUGCCUGAUCAACUACAGUACAUUUGGUGUACACUUUAUUCUUAGUGGAUGGGAGGGAUGGUAUGAUUCCAGCCCCAGUCAAUCAGAGGGACGCUAGCCAGUCAUGGGAAUCUGUGAGCUCUUGUUUGAGGAGGAAAGAUGGUGCUUUGCUGCCUGACGGGUAGGAAGAAAUUGUGGCUGGAAAUUGACAAAAGACCAAACUGGAAGGAAUUGAGGACUCCGUCCCUCUCCUCAGUGAAAACCAUGGAUGGAUUGCGUCUGCCACCACUUAUAGAGGAAGUACUGGACUCCACAGAGGUUAGCAGUGAUCUGAAAACAGGUGAGGACACGAUGGACGACCAGACAACGGAGAAGGAGCGUGAGAAAGCGGAGAUGGAGGGAGGAGAGAAGGAAAAGGAGGAGAAGGAGGAGAAGAGUGAGGAGGAGGAGCUAGAGGACCUGAGAGCUCAGAUACUGCACCUCCUGCUGGAACUGGAGGAGUCGCGAGACACCUCACAGAAACAUGAGGAGAACAGCACGGAGCUGCAGGGUCUUCUGGAGGAGGAACGCUUAGCGAGCGCGCACCAGGCCGAGGCCUUCACCCGCCAAAUCCAGUGUCUACAGGCCCAGCUGUGUUCAGUCCAGCAGGAGAUGGAGGGAGCAGAGCAGCAGAAGUUGGAGCUGCAGGAGGAGGUGCUGACGCUCCAGCAGGCAGUGGAGGAGUACGAGCUCGAGACCGUCACACUAAGAGCCGAGAUCGCAAUGAAGAGUCAGAGGAGAGAUGAAGACAGGAGGAGAGAGGGUGAUGUGGAACAGCUGAAGAAGGAGUUUGCCAUUCUGAAGUCAGAGUGUGAGACCCUGAAGAAGGUCAACAGUAAACUGGGAGAGAGACUACAGGUGCUGCAGAGGACAAGUUCAAGUGGUGUGGAAGUUGAAGAAAAGGAGGAUGGAGGGAUUCAGACGAAUAUAAUUGGGGGAUCAGGUUCCACCUGCAGACUGGUGGACGUUUGUAUUCAGAAGAAUAUUUCCUUUGAUGGAAAGCCACUCACACCCACCAGUUUGAGCUCAGGGUUCUCAGACACUCUCUCCUUGAGAGAGCAGCUCAAACAAGCUGAGGAGAGAGCAGAACAACUGCAGAGGCAGUGUGAUGGUGUGCGGACUGAGCUGAGGGAGCUACAGAACCUGUUUGAGACCAGUCAGAAGGAGCGGGAUGAGCUGGAGCUGGAGCUUCUGCGCUGUAGGGAGGAGCUAGAGAAACUCACAGAGGAGAGACAGUUCUGCACUGAGUCUGCUGUUCUUUCACUGCCUUUCUUAGGAAUGAUCGUCAUCAUGGCAGUUCUGUGGUGCUGGUGGUCUGAGCUCGCAUCCUGAACAGCAGCAGGGAGUUAAAAUGGAGUCUGUGGAUGUGAGAGCGGUAACGGUAGAGGUGUCGAUCUCUUUAUAUUUGUUUCAUUUUGGACCUUUUGACCCACAGACAGCUGAUCAUUUGACCUUUUGACCUUCUCCACGACAACAGGGCCGUUUGGGCUUUGGGCUCUUUGACUCUUUAUCGAUCAAAAGAACAAAAUGUGAUUAUUAUUAUUAUUAUUAUUAUUAUUAUUAUUAUUAUUAUUAUUGCAACUUUCUUUAAACAUUUUGUACAAAAGUUCUUUACUAACAGAUUUAUAUAUGGCUUGGAUUCUAAUUUAUUAUAUCAGCUGUAUGUUUUGUGAAGACGUUAAUUUAUUCAGCUAUUUAUCUUAAGUAUUGUUGUGUUGUAUAAAUCGAUCUGUUAUAUAGUGUAAUGUGUUUUUAAGUUGUUUAGUUUAGCAUUAGCAAAAAACCCCAAAACAACAACAACAACAACAACAACAGGAGCCAGAGGUAAAAUCAUCAACACUAGCGUUCCUGUAUAGUUUUUUAUUAGAACAUCGUCAUUUUUAGGCUUCAUCUCAAACACUAGCACGCACAGACUCGGGUCUAACAUUGAAUGGAGUAUUUAUACAGGAGUGUGUUUUACCCAUAAUGCACAAGAAGUGGCCAGCACUCACAAGCAGGAAGUAAGAAACAGGAAGUAAACACGAAGCCUCAGUAAUGAUGUGCCCAUGAACACAGAAGCAGCUUCUAAAGACGUCAGAAAGAGAAAUACUGUCGUCAUGUAGUUCUGUAAAAAACAAACAAAAAAUGGAUCUUUAAACAUCAGUGUGUGUGUGUAUGUGUGUGUGUGUGUGUGUGUGUGUGUGUGUGUGUUUAUUACUGAUUACUGAUUUAUUUUCCUCUAACAGUUUAAUUCCUUUUAAACCACAUCACGUCACCAACAAUUUAAAUAAAUAAUCUGUAAUAAAACAGGGGUCAAAACUUUUGAGUGGCAGUGUGCAGUAUAUUCAACAAAAUAUGUAAAUAGAAAAAAAGGUACUAUAAUGCACUAUAAAUAAAAAUAAUAGUUUUAUAUAUAUUUUAAUCAGUAUUAUUGAUAUGGUUGCUAGAUUUGCACAUUAUAAGCAUUAAAUAUUAUUUAAAACACCAGGUUAUGAAAUACUCGUGGCUUUGAAGUUGUUCAGGUACGGAAAGUUUGACAAAUCGUGAUUUAAAAAAAUAAAUAAAAUAAAAAACAGAGAUUUAAAUUGGGCUGGUGAUAAAUUCCCAGGAUUUAAUGUCAUAAUAAAAGAGAGCAUUAAAGUGAAGUGGAUGUGAUGAUCACGUUAAAGAGGUGAAAUCAUUUACACGUCUUAUAAACCUCAGUAAGAAUCAUCAUCUCUGGCAGGAUAGAUAAACAUUAACUAUGUGAUUAUUUCUUAUUUAUUCAUCACAUUAUUUUUUCCCUCUUUAAAUAAAUAAACUUGUGGGAAUGAUGGAUUUGGCUGUGAGGUUUGGAGACUUUCUGCCUCUUUCUGCUCCUUUAUAACAGAGACUAAAACUCAGAUUCUUUUUUUUUGCUUAUCUUUUGUGAAGUAUUGUUUAUGAUUUACAUUUUAUAUUGUAAGAAUGUUUAUUUAGAGUGCAUUACUCUCAGUGGAAUAUCUUACAUGGUAAUAAAUAUCGUUUCUAACAUUGUUAAUAUUGAUAGAUUUGUAUAUGAGAGUGUUUUAGCUGAAGCAGUUGCGUUCGGUCGGAGCUGUACGGUGAUUUUGUGGAUUUUUGUGCGUUGUGUAGGUUGUAGUUGAAAAUAACACAAAACAAAUCCAUCAGAAGAGUCAAAGAAAAGUAAAAUAAAGCAAUAUUCUACUUUACACCAA